UUGGACUGAAACGCGCACACACGGUUCCCUGACGCAGUUCGCAGUGGCACAGAGUGGCGGAGGAGCUGCGACUGGAUGUCAGAGGACCACAGGGAAAUACUGCAAUUAUCCCUAAAUGUGAUGAACAUAUAGGACAAUAUUUGUUUUUUGUUUUUUUUUUUAAAUCUCCAGGAAAAUCUGACGCACAGAGGGAAAGAAAAAAAAACACCCUUCAAUCAAUUUUUUUGGAAUUAAUUUCUUAUCUCUAUCCAAAAGGUGUGUAAGUAAAAGAUGUUGCCACAUUGCUCCCUCCUGCUUUUGCUAUGCGUGGUCCGGCUGCUCUCCCCCACCUCUGCCCUGCCCUUCGAGCAGAGGGGCUUCUGGGAUUUUGCCAUGGACAGUAUGGACAGCGGCGGCAUGAUGGCGAUGAUGAGGGACGAGGAAGAGGGUUCGGCCACGGACGAGAUCCCCACCCCUGACAUGCACAUGUGCCCCUUCGGCUGCCACUGCCAUCUCAGGGUCGUGCAGUGCUCUGACCUCGGUCUGACCGAGGUGCCAAAGAAUAUUCCCCAGGACACCAAGUUCCUGGACCUGCAGAACAACCGCAUCACUGAGCUUACAGAGAAUGACUUCAAAGGCCUCACUAACUUAUAUGGUCUGUCCCUGAGGAAUAACCAUAUUUCCAAAGUCCACCCCAGAGCAUUUGCCCCUCUCAAGCACCUGCAGAAGCUGUACUUCUCCAAGAACCUGCUGACCACUAUCCCCAAGAACUUGCCUCCCUCUCUGGUUGAGAUGCGGAUCCAUGAGAACCGCAUCAAGAAGGUGGCAGCUGGAGCCUUCGCAGGACUGGUCAACAUGAACUGCAUAGAAAUGGGAGCAAACCCCAUCCACAACAGUGGUUUUGAGCCUGGAGCCUUCAAGGGACUGAAACUGAAUUAUCUGCGUAUAUCAGAGGCCAGACUGACAGGAGUGCCAAAAGAUCUCCCAGAGAGUCUCAAUGAGCUUCAUCUGGACCACAAUGAGAUCCAGGCUGUAGAACUGGAGGACCUGAGCCGCUACAAAAACCUGUACAGGUUGGGCCUUAGCUUUAACCACAUCCGGAACAUAGAGAAUGGCAGUCUGUCCUACCUGCCCCGGCUGAGAGAACUGCAUCUGGACAACAACCGCCUCAGCCGUGUUCCCAAAGGCCUCCCAAAUAUGAAAUACCUCCAGGUGGUGUACCUGCAUUCCAACAACAUCGGCCUUGUGGCUGUGGACGACUUCUGCCCUCGAGGAUUUGGGAUGAAGAGGGCGUUCUAUAACGGCAUCAGCCUGUUUGCAAACCCUGUCAACUACUGGGAGGUGCAGCCCGCGACGUUCCGCUGUGUCAGCGACCGGCUGGCCAUUCAGUUCGGCAACUACAAAAAGUAAAGACAGGGAGAUGCUGAGAGAUGGAGAGAGUGAGGGGAGGGCGGUGGAGGAGGAGCAGAUAAUUUAAAUAAUGAAAAAAACUUGAGAGAUAGAGGAAAGGAAGUUCAUAUUGCAGAAGAUUAUUUUUUAUUAUUAUAAAAGUUUUUUUUUUCUGGAAGAGGGUGAGUGAUGGAGGAAAUGGGCAAUAAACUGAUGAAAUAGAAGGAGAAGUCAUCAAUACAAUAACACAACUUGAAGGCAGUGAGAGAAAGCAAAGCGCUUGUAGUACUUCAUCUGAGUUUUUGCAUUUUUUAAUCAGAGUUUUACCAUUUGAAAAGGAUGAAACAGAGGAGACUGUCUGAGAAGAAUGUUUUCCCCGGUCUACAUCAAUGAAAAAUGAGUACUGAAAACUUGUGAAGCAUUUCAUUCCAGUUUUUUUUUUUUUUUUUUUUUUUUUUACACAAUAGAGCUUAUUGUGAUAGAAGUCUUUUUAUUAACAUUUUUGGUUAAGUUUAUGAGUUAAAAAAAUAGAAACGCAAUGCUUUAUAGAUGUUUUUAUAUAUAUAUAAAAAGGUGCUCUGUGUGACUUUCUGUGUGCGCCGAUUUGGGAGAUCAAUCACAUUGUCCCCGUUUCACUGGUCUGAAGCCAUUUGGCCCUCAACUCUGUGAUUACAUGAAUCUGUAUUGAUAAACAACUGGUCACAGAAUUGGGGCUGUUUUCCAUCACAUACAGACACAAAAACAAUUGCACAAAAAGUUGAAACUUCGGUUAAUGUUUAUUACCAGUUAAGCAACAUUUCUGUAUAUGUCAUGGCAGUUGAUUGAUUAAAAGACCAACAGGCACAGUCGGAGUUAAACAUCUUGUCCUAUUCACCUGAGGUGACUGAAGCACCUGCGUGCCUGUGUAAGGAGUCUGUUCUGUGCCUUUACUAAAUAUUAUACUGUCUGUAUGUUACUUUAAUACAGUAUUCUUUGAGGGGACACUGAGGUUGUGGGAGUUUUCCCCAGAUAGAGAAAAGACAUACCCGCUUUGCUUUGAAACAAUGAAGGCAGUGUGUUCACAUAGUGCUACAAACAAUAGUAGUGUUGAUGCAUUGUUUUGCACAGUUUUUUUCUGUUAUGCUUUACCUGCUUCAGGGUUACUGGGGGGGUUACUGGGGGGUUUAACUUUGUGGAACUACUUUAGCCAUAAGUAUUCUGUCCUGUCUCUGUUCUGUAAUCUGACAAGCUACUGCUGCAUGUGAAUAAAAACAUUUUUAGCCUGCUGCAUUAAGCCAGUGAACAACUGAUGCCCCUGGGUUGGAUGCCGUGUGAGAAAUAAAGUUAAAAUAGUCUUUUUGUCAAA